GUCGGGCAACAACAACGUGCAACCUGUUUUUCGACUUUGCUACAAGACGAGUUGAACAGUGAUGCUGCGCGUUUUACCACCCGCGAAUCAAACCUAUCUUGCAACGAUUCAGGUUUUCGCAGGUCAUCAUGCGAAAGGUUAUCGCAGAAAGUAGAGAGUAGUUCUAAUUUCUGCAACAAAAUCUUUGUAAGUUGCGCGUUUUACGGGUCCGAGUUGAUAAAUGACGUGUAUGGCGUGACUCGCGCGUAAUUUUAUCCAAUCAGAAGAGUAGUACUCAUGCAACCUGCAAGUUUCGAGAGAGGGGCCAGGGGCCCGUUUCAAAAAAAACUUUUCGGGCCCGAAGGCGAAUUUUAAAAUCAAAACUUGUUGAAUAGUAGCACAGUUUCUGGCUCACAAAUCAAUCAAUUUUGCUUCAUUAACUGAUAGUUUCAUUAUGUAAUUGUCAAAAUUAUUGAAACUGUGAUCUUGAAUGUAAAUAUGGCAAACACGAAAUAGCUUUGCGGGCCUAAAAAGCUACCGGGACUUUCGAGAAACAGGCCUCUGGGACCCGUUUCUCGAAAGUCCCGGUAACUUUUCGUCCCCGAAGGCAGCAUUUAAAGUCAAAAUCAGUUGUAUACUAGCAUCGUUCCUAGCUCACAAACCAUUCAAUUUUGUUUCGUUUACUGAUAGUUUCAUUGUCAUUUUCAAAUCUAUUUCAAAAAAAGUUGUUCUUGGAUAUAAACAUGGAUAACCUAAAAUAGCUUUCCGGUCCGAAAAGUAACCGGGACUUUGGAGAAAUGUACUCCUGUUACUCAAAAGUCCCGGUAACUUUCGGGCCCGAAAAUCUGUUUUGUGUUUGCCGUGUUUGCAUCAGUCAAGAUCAAAGUUUCAGUAAUUUUGAAAAUGAUACAAUGAAACUAUCAGUUUACGAAGCAAUAUUGACCGGUUUGUGAGCUAGGAACUGUGCUACUAUUCAACAGGUUUUGAGUUUAAAAUUUGCCUUCGGGCCCGAAAAGGUACCGAGCCUUUUGAGAAAGGGGCCCCCAGGUCCCAAUUUGAACAUUUUUAUUUUAUAGCAUUCAUGGGCUCAUUGAUAUUGGCAACAAAUCAGUCCUAUAAUUAUUAUUUGGACAAAUUCCUGGAGCCUGCGGUUGGGAAUAAUUCUCACUGGCUACUAUGCUGGCGUGCUACCUUGCAUGGCUUCAAUGCCAGACAGUUUCACAGUCACUGUGAUGGAAAGAACCACACUGUCACUAUCGUAAAGAACAGUAGUUACGUGUUUGGGGGAUACACGGACAUUCCAUGGGGUAAGAAAAUAGCUUGUUUUAAUGAUUAGACAAGAAGGAACACAACGCAUAGUUGAAGUUUGCGAAACCGAUACUACCUCGAAAUCUCUUUGCUGUUAAGCCUGUUAAGAUUGAGUUAAGUUUGAGUUACCAAAAAACUGUCUGUUUUCUAGAGAAAUUUUUUUUACCGUUUAUUUAUUUUUUCCGCAAUUUUUAUUAUUGCUUUUUAUGGCUGGUGCGGGUAGGUACGCUCCUGUAUUGGGAAACGAAACUCUUCAUGGGCGCAUGUUACUGGAGAGCAGUGCACUAUUCACAUGUCUAUGAAAGUAAAGCGAUCUUUUAUAGAAAAGCAAUAUAUUCAAAAAAAAACUUGAACUUGAACUUUUUUUCAGUUGCUACAGAUACAAGGUAUCGUCCCCUUCAAACUAGUCUUUCUUCUUGCCGAUGACAAAAGAAGAUAAUUGUAUAAGGGGCAUUGCGCGUGGUAAUAGCGGGUUGCUCCUAAGUUGAUAAGGUGGAUUGGCCACCCGUACAUUGAGAAGCCUUUUGUUUUAGUUUAUAUGUUCAUUCUUGUAUGAUAACGAAUAUAAAACAAGCAGGGAGCGAAACUAGCCACAGCAAUUCAUUAGAUUUUUUUUCAAACGUCAGUCCUUGCGUUUUUGUCUGUUUGUUAGGGUCCAGAGAGGGAUAUGGCUACACUUUCAAUGCGUUUGUUUUUUCGAUCAGUAAUAAAGAAGAACUGGAUCCUUUUAAGAUUAAUAACCUGCGGUGGCCAUCGUAUGCAAUCUGGUCAAGUUCAAGGUGUGGCCCAGGAUUUGGUGAGGACCAGAUCAUCAUUUUGCUUAAGGAGGACGGGACUUCAUUAGCACGUCUUGGCAUAGACUACCCUGCUCCUGCUGCAGUGCAGGACCCGAACACAAUCCUGGCCGGUAGCAAGUACUUCUUACCGGAUGAGGUGGAGGUUUUUUAUCUUAACCCAACUCCGUAAAUGUAGAAGGAACCACUUCAUUAACAACAACAAGGAAACAUGCUUUAGACAAAUUUAACCAUUUUUGCUAAUAAUGUUGUCUAGAAUUAGCCUGUAGCCGACAUUAAGGGCGCUUUCCAAAAGUCAAAACUGGCCGCUCGGACCAUUCAUUUUCAAAAUGAACUGAAAUGCUUUUUUCCAAGGGUUUUUGUUGAAAAGCCAUCUCCUUCGUGCAUGCUAUUUAGGAUUUGACUGAUCUGGCUGGAUAGUUUUGAUUAAAAGUGAAAAUCUCAUUAUGACUGGAAUGGUCUGGCCGGUCAGUUCUGACAAAUAGAAAGUGCUCUAAGAACGAUCUCCUGAACCUGCACCGUUAUAGCAAGAUAACCGACCUCAGUUAUAACAGAUUCCAAAUUCUUUGUAUAAAAUGUGAAAAGAAAGAGUAACUAUAUCAGGAAUUGGAAUGUAUAUUCGCUCAUUUCAAUUUUCCAAGUAAUACUUUUUUUCGAAGGCCGCCGCAGGAAAUUAAUAAACCGAAAAUAAAAGUCUUCUUUAACUACCUCCCUCCUAAAACUGAAUUUUGACUUUCCUUCGAACAAUUUAAUGUUGAUUUGCCAUAAAAGCGAAGUUUACCUAUCACUAAGAAACAAGAUGCUACGGAGCGUACACUUAGGCGUCGUGGUUGAAGAACUGAUUAAUUGUAAAUGCGUUGGAAUAGUAAGAAAUGAAAUAUGGUAAGAGUAAAGUGUUAAGUUGUGAAAUUAUGGGAUUUGUCAGGAUAUUCUGAAAAGAGCAACAUCCAAGAGGCCUACUUGCCAAAAACUAGCAUUUCGGGACAAAUUGUCUGUGAGGUGUUAGCCCAGUUAUGCUCUGAUGACUCCAUACAAAUCCGAAAACAUUUGACUUGGAUCUAAACGUUUAGACCUAAGUCAAAUAUGAGGUUACUGGCGGCGAAUAACAAGUCCAACAACUUUUUGAAGUCAUUUAUAGCCUGUGAAAACAUCCGUUUCUCCUCGCUCUUCGCCGCUGGGGACGUUUCGCGCGGAGGAACGUCUGCGACUCAGCGACAGAAAUUCCAUGCUGAUGGUCAUCAGUAUGGAAUUUCUGUUGCUGAGUCGCAGACGUUCCUCCGCGCGAAACGUCCCCAGCGGCGAAGAGCGAGGAGAAACGGAUGUUUUAGCAGGCUAGGUCAUCAGCAUGGAAUUUCUGUCGCUGAGUCGCAGACGUUCCUCCGCGCGAAACGUCCCCAGCGGCGAAGAGCGAGGAGAAACGGAUGUUUUCGCAGGCUAGGUCAUUUACUUUUUUACGGUUUUCCGCUGACCAGUUACUAGCCUUUAAUUGAUCACAGACUCAAGUUAAACUUUUUUCAGCCUCCAUAUAAUUUCUAUUGUGAAACACAAAUUCCCUCAAAAGGUUGUUUCAUGAAAGUCCCAGUAAUUACUAGCCUCCCCGCAGACGUCCUUUGGGGUUCGUUUGUCAUGCGUGACAAGCGAACCCCAAAGGACGUCUGCAGGGAGGCUAAGUAAUUUCUGGAGCCGGAAAGCAGUUUAUUUUUUAAUUUUUUAAAACAUCCAAGAUUGAGUUUUAAUCACACUCAAAAACACAACUGGACUAUGAUAUCAUUGGUAAAACGUCGUCAUCUCGCACAAAGAAUAACGUAUCAGUGACAUCAUAAUUUCCUAAUUUUUUCGCAAUGGUAGUUCGAUUUUACCCAUUAUCUCACUUAAUUAUAAUUAGAUUCUUAUAUCACUUGUAUUUAACCGAUAAUAGUAGUUUUCCGGGUUGAUGAAUGUAGAUAUAAUCAAGCUUAGAAUUUUGAGUCCAUGGGCUUCCCUGUUAUUUUAAUCAAAAGUAACUUCCUCUUCGAAGUUGGUUGAAGAAUCUUUGGUUACUAAUUAUGUGAGAGAAGAAUAUGUUACAAAAUCUAAAAAUUAAAGUGAGAAAAAAAAAGUAGUUCUCUGCUUGCAGAGCCUACUUUUUUAGUUACUCUUGGCACAUGUGCUAAAAGUUCUACCUCUACUUUUAGCUCGUCAAGACAGAAACUUAGACUCUUGCUAGCAGGGAAACAUACCUGCCUCGUUUCCAUAUUUUUAAGAGUUAUAAGCUUAGAAAUUUUGGCCUAUCUGCGAAUACGUACAGCCGGCGAAACGUCCAAAGUGGUGUGAAGCAGGGAGAGACGGCUGUGUUAGAAGGCUAAUUUGGGACUGCAAUUACAGAAAUCAGAUAACUAUGGGCUUUGCCACAGGUAUCCCAAUAAUGAAACAGCAAUGUGUAGAGUCAGAAAAACUGGUAUUAAUAGGGGACUCAAAAAACUGAGAUAAAUUUCUACCAACUGUAAAUAAUCGCGUUCAGAGAAUCGUUCUUUGAAUGUGUAAAUUAUUACUCUUUGUUAAUUAUUUCAAAUCGUAAGACUAAGAAGUGUGCUUGCAGUGUUUCAAAUGGUUAAGUUCAGAGAAACAGUUAACGCUACUGUACUCAGACCCGACACACAGCCCCCAUUCCCAAAAUUCCAUACUACGUCGUCUUACUUGACAUAUACAGCCAUUAUUUUUCACUUGUUCAAGCUAAGUAAAAGUUUCAAACGUCCCUUGUUUUCGGCAAUGGAAGCAUUCCAACUUUAAAGCUCAGGCUGAAAACUCUGUCAAUAUCAUGCUCAUCCCAAGAGCAUGAGCAUGAGCGCACCCCAAGACAAGAUGGGUCCACGUUGAUUACUUUAAGUGUUGUAAUAGACUUGUGAUUUUAUCAGUUUUAAUAUUGGCUUUAAACUAGCGAACAGUUGUUCUGGGUUCUUAAACGCGUCACAUUAUAAUAGACCUUGUUAGCUUGUAUCUUUUGUUUUCGCUUUUCAGACUACGUGAUGGUAGCUAAUCUGUGCAUCAAUUAUGAAAGGACAAAAGGCAAAUUCCCUGGAGGACAUCACGUGGUCUGAAUUGGGAAAACAAAACGUACAAGCUACAAUGUAGAAAGGUCUUUUUGGCGGCAAGCAGUCUCUCUUCAGCUCCGAAUUUAGUGCGUGGAGUGCACACACGCGUGUGUUGAGCGGGACGAGAAAAGAGGGUGCCCUCAGUCACAGCUCGACAGACUAAGAGAAAAGAGAGACUGCUUGUAGUCUACGAGAGAAUCUGGAGUCUAUCACUCCUGGGGAACAUAGUACCUACAAAAGUAUGAAAAGAUCAGGUUAGAGUGAUUUUCGUAUGACCUUGAAACAUGGUUUCGGUUAGUGUUAGUUAUUUGUUUUAUCAGCCAAUGGAUGAAAAGUUCAAAACAUGGACUCUUCAUUUUCUGCCAAAGAAAGGCAUUGUUCGAGUAGCCAAUCGUGUUGCAGUAUGACGUCAAAGCGAAGUAUCGAUUGAUUUCUAGAAAGUUCUCAGGCAUGAAGUUUUUUCACCCGAACGUUCGCUUAACCGACCAAAAGCAACACGCGUUUGUAUCCGUUCGACAAACCAACCAAAUCGCUCUAUUUCCGUUCAUUUGUUGUUUGUUUUGUUCGCGCGUUUUCAUUUCAAGGUCAUACGAAAAUCGCUCUAAUUAAUGCUUUCUUAGGCUACGUUCUCAUGGCAAGAGACAAAUUUUCAAGUGGUUGCACACGGAACCACCUUAACCUUACAAAAAAUUGGGCGCCUACCUGUUCAAAGUUCCGUGUGAACAGAGCAAAAAUAUUGAAUGGUCCCAUGUAAACGGAGUGUCUGGUCAAACUUUUCAGUCAGUUGAAAAUUCGUCCAGUGCCACGUGAACGUAGUCUUAGUAGUUAAUUUGUAGUAAUAUAUACUGCACACACAAUAAAAAAAAUAAUGUUAAGGAGAUCAAAAGUUGUCAGUAGUUUGUUGACGAAAACACGAUGGGGUAUCUAGUCCUUCUCUCAGUUCACUCUGUAGCGAAGGUUUCAAAUCUUUAAUUACAACCCAUCCACGAUAAUUGUUUAUCUUUUGAUAGGUUUAUUGGGUAAAACGGUGUGUUAAAGAGAAUUUUGUGAGUAAACACAAGAUUGGAUCUCCACCUCCUUCUAAGGGUCUUGGUCACAGCGUAUAACACUUUCAGACUAUUUACAGAUCUACCUUCGGUGUCAAAAAUCUCUUAGCCAAUCAGAAACAGUCCGAGAAUUCAUACUGGUUCAAGUACAUUUGUCUUCUGAGUCCUUGCACAGGCCCUGGAUCCUGUUAAGAGCAAUUACUUAUACUCAAUCUGUUGUUUACAGCGAAUUUACAUCCUAAUGUUGAGGUGCUGUAAAAAACAUCAACAUUUGCAGUUGUUUUCCAGACCCUGUCGAGACAUGAAUGAUUAAAUUGUUCACGCCUGGCUAACCAUGAAUUUUCUUCCACCGAUGAAGAGUAAAACAUUCACCCUUAGUCGAACAAGAGUCUUACAGUGCGGCUACGAUAACGGGGCCACCCCGACAAAGUUGACCAAUCGGAUUACAGGAAAAUAACAAUACAUUCUGAGAAAGUUAGUCCCCAGUCAUUAAAAUCGAAAUAAACAACAUGGAUCAUACUAUGGCAUGGUCGGCCAUUUGUUUCAAAAUUAUGACACGAUAUACGUGUGGUUUUUUCCCACGUAUACUUGCAAUCAUUCCUGCUACACGAUAUACGUGCGUUUUUUUGUCACGUAUACUUGCGUUUUAUUCCCAAGUAUAUGACCAUUUUCUUACAAACGUGCAUAUAUAUGCGCACAAAAAAGUCCAUAUAUAUGCGUUACAAACAAGCAUGUGGUAUAUGGGGUCACAGAAAGUCGUCGUAUAAGAGGCACCGAAUUAUACCGUCAGCAAGAAACCCCUUCAUGUACGAUGGAGCUGAAAAGUAACUUCAGUUUGAAUCAAGCAUGGCCGCAAUGGCCGCGUUAAUUCACAGGUAACCCAGGCUCUGUGAUAGUACCACAGUACGGUUCCAGUAAAAUUACAGUGUUUGUAUGGGGUAAAAAUAUCAUCCUAAAAUUUCUAGGAAAUACUAAAUAAAGAUCAAUGAAACUUACUCUGCAGUUAAUUGUUGUUGUCCUUAUUGCUCCAACGAAGUUUCGUGAUAAUUUGCAGUAAUUUGUUCAAAUUUACUCUAUCUACAAUAAUAAUAUACAAGGUAGGAAACACGAGGUGCCAUUUUCGCCGACAUGCUCUCAUUCAACACAACUUUUUCCACGAAAUUCGAACUCCAACGGAAAAUAAAUAUGCCAGGAUCGUAGAAAUAGGAUAGCAGGAGAUAUAGAAACCAAUGAAGCUUUCCCAGAUAGAGAAACGAAUCCCACAGACUUGGACAAACUCGAAGAAUAUAAUCCAAACACACCGAGAAUACGCUCGCCGAAGCAGCCGGGCCAGAUCAACGCGCGGCCAAGAAAAUGAGGCCUGGGCACUGUACAAAAAAAUUCCAUCCCGGGAGUCCUGGGGUGACCUUUCUAGGGACCGAUACAUCAUUUGCCCAAAGCCACCCUCCCCUGCUGGAAGAAUACUUGAUGGAAGGCAAUUGUUCUUCCUAGCCAAUCACUAUGGCUUGUUAUAAAGAGAUUAUUUUCCUCUCGAACUAUAUUCAGCUCCUGGCGCUGGUCCUCAGAAAGUUUAUCAAACAUCCAUAGGGCAAGGUUAUAAGGGCAAAGGAAAGAACAACGAAGGACGAUUUACAAAACUUAAAACGAGCUAAAGAUAUAAGUGAAUUUUGGCUCUUACCGAGGCAUUUUUACAACAGGACCAAAUUCAAAGACAGGUGUAUCACGAUGAUUCACAUAUUUAACCGAUAGAGCGUUCACUUGUAUUGACAAGAAGUCGGCGUGUUACUGCCGCAUUAAUCGCUGAAUAUGUUAAUCGCGCUAGUUCUUUGUUUACUAGUGCACGUGCCUUUCACAUUCGUCUCAGUUAUCGCAAUUCAUAUUCUGUCGCAAUUUUCUGAAUAAUUUUUGACAUUAGUUUGUAAGCUUCACCGUUUAUUUACGAUAGUUUCGCUCGACAGUUCACAGCAACAGUAUCUCAGUCAUCAUCUACCUUUUGUUCAACCUUGUUUUUAGCCCGCCUUGUAAGCAUUUCGCGUUGUUAUUUCAUUAGUUUCAUUACUGUUAUUUGCACUCCUUAGUAAAAGAAAUGGGACGCCUUGUAACUCCGCAGACUCUCCUGAUUAUAUUACUUUUUUUUAGCCAUUUAAAUUCAGGCGCGUGUGCGGGGUUUGCUCUGACAAAUAUUGAUUGGCUAGGAAGAACAAUUGCCUUCCAUCAAGUAUUCUUCCAGCAGGGGAGGGUGGCUUUGGGCAAAUGAUGUGUCGGUCCCUAGAAAGGUCACCCCAGGACUCCAGGGAUGGAAUUUUUUUGUACAGUGCCCAGGCCUCAUUUUCUUGGCCGCGCGUUGAUCUGGCCCGGCUGCUUCGGCAAGCGUAUUCUCGGUGUGUUUGGAUUAUAUUCUUCGAGUUUGUCCAAGUCUGUGGGAUUCGUUUCUCUAUCUGGGAAAGCUUCAUUGGUUUCUUUAUCUGCUGCUAUCCUAUUUCUACGAUCCUGGCAUGUUUAUUUUCCGUUGGAGUUCGAAUUUCGUGGAAAAAGUUGUGUUGAAUGAGAGCAUGUCGGCGAAAAUGGCACCUCGUGUUUCCUACCUUGUAUAUUAUUAUUGUAGAUAGAGUGAAUUUGAACAAAUUACUGCAAAUUAUCACGAAACUUCGUUGGAGCAAUAAGGACAACAACAAUUAACUGCAGAGUAAGUUUCAUUGAUCUUUAUUUAGUAUUUCCUAGAAAUUUUAGGAUGAUAUUUUUACCCCAUACAAACACUGUAAUUUUACUGGAACCGUACUGUGGUACUAUCACAAAGCCUGGGUUACCUGUGGUUAAUUUCGAGCAAGAUUUGGUUCUUAUUCAUUGCCCUCACAGUAGUAGUGGUUGUUGGCUCCCCGACAACGGAUUUGUUGGAAUCCGUGGAUUGUCUAUUGAGAGACUGUGUACGCUAUUUCACAAAUGCUGACCGAAACAACGAUCGAUUCAGUUAGAAAUUAGCGUCCGACAGGCAAAACACGACUCAUAAGCUCUUGAUAAUGUGAAACAUGACCUUGAGAGUCUGCUUGAACAGAUUGGUUUUUCUUCUUUUCUCUCUCGCGCGCGAAUUAUCACCUUUUCGCCUCCACGAACACGUUCUAAGCCUCCUAGUCUCGAAGCUUGUUAUCAUUUCCCUGGUAUUCUCACACUUUAAUAGCCUUCCAGCUGCCUCUCUUUCCUUAGAGCUCCUCCACUUUAAUUGUGAUUUUCAUGGUUAUCUAACUCGUUCUCGUUCAACUUGCAUAAAAUGUCCCUGAGCUAUCAACUUGCUAUUAGUUCUCAAGCCCCGAUUAUUUGGCCAAGGAUAUCCUACUGAUAUACCCUUGACUGUCCGUAACAGCCUUACCACCACUGGUUUUAAAUAGAAACUAAAACUUUACUUUUUAAGCCUGGGUUGAAUUAUCGCAGGAUUAUCAUAGUUUAUUGUUAGUUUGUUUGUCACUUGUACUUCUAGUUUUAUCUCUGCUAUAGGACUGCUUGCAUUACCUAAUCUAAGUUUUGUAUCUUGUUUCUUUAGUUUUGAAAUUUAACCUCCAGUGGAUUCAUUUCUACAUAAAAUAAUUUCUGUCAUUUUGACUACAGGUCGUAUAAGCCCCCGGCUUUGGCUUUACUGAGUUUUGUACUAUAUGAACGUUGGAAUAAUAAAGCUAAAGUUACUAAACACUACUGAGAAUUACAUGCAUACUGAGUAAUCAUUUCCUGUGGUUUAUGGUUCUUUAGGUGUUCCUGCUGGGAGUUGACCACAGAUUUAGUAUUACGGCUAAAUAAAGAUUUUAGUUUCUAUGGUUUUCUCCGCAAAUCCUGGAUCUGCGGAAUAACUACAUUCAUGCAAGUAAGUUUCUUUGACCGGAAAUGUGAUUAUUUCUAGCUAUGCCCGUGGGGAGGGUACCCCCUAUGAUGGCCUAUACGGGGAGGCUCCGCCCGAAAUCCCAGAGAGGUACUUAACAAAUAUUUGUACGUGGAGGCUCCACCCGGAGGUCCAACCCCUUACCCGUCGAGAAAACGUUCUACAUUUCUGACUGAUUCCUAUUUUAUGACAGUGCGGGUUUCCAGCAGUUAAAAGGGGUACAAAGUUCGAAGCAAGGUAUGUGAAAAGAGUAUACCAUUUGUCAAUAGAAGGUAUACGAAAUCGUGAAAAAUGGUACGUAAAAGGUUAAGGGGUGGGCCUCCGCCGUAUAAGAAUUUGUUGAGUACCCCCCCCCCGCCUCUCGCCCCUCCCGGGCUCCUAUGUCAGUUUGACGCUGGGCUCAGCUCAUAAGUGUGGUUUCAAGGAUUUUGAGUUUUCACGAAUAGUGACUGAGAUCUUCAGAUUUGAGUUGUACACGGUAGCUUAAACUAAAGCUACCGACCAAGUAUGGAGAAUUAUGCUCAGCGUGAGUCAAGAUCAUUCUCUAACCGCUGAUAGCCUGAUGCAGUCCAUUUAAUGUUUUUGGAGAUCAGAAGUGAGUCUUUAAACAAAAGCGCAAUGUCUUGUUGUUCCUUCGUUGGAAUUUACUGUUGUGUUUAUGCGAAUGUUAUGAAUUCUGCAAGAAUGCAGUUCCUCGUCAGUUGCUACUAUAAUGCAGAGAGCAAAACUAGCUGCUAUAAUGAAAAACACGGAUUUGCCAUUGGCUGCAAAAAAACGCCUAACUGAAGUUAUAGAUAAACUAUCCUUCCAAAUAAUCGGGGCUUGAGAACUAAUAGCAAGUUGAUAGCUCAGGGACAUUUUAUGCAAGUUGAACGAGAACGAGUUAGAGAACCAUGAAAAUCACAAUUAAAGUGGAGGAGCUCGAACGAAAGAGAGGCAGGUGGACGGCUAUUAAAGUGUGAGAAUACCAGGGAAAUGAUAACAAGCUUCGAGACUAGGAGGCUUAGAAAGUGUUCGUGGAGGCGAAAAGGUGAUAAUUCGCGCGCGAGAGAGAAAAGAAGAGAAACCAAUCUGUUCAAGCAGACUCUCAAGGUCAUCUUUCACAUUAUCAAGAGCUUAUGAGUCGUGUUUUGCCUGUCUGACGCUGAUUUCUAACUGAAUCGAUCGUUGUUUCGGUCAGCAUUUGUGAAAUAGCGUACACAGUCUCUCAAGAGACAAUCCACGGAUUCCAACAAAUCCGUUGUCAGGGAGCCAACAACCAUCACCACUGUGAGGGCAAUGAAUAAGACCCAAAUCUUGCUCGAAAUUAACGCGGCCAUUGCGGCCAUGCUUGAUUCAAACUGAAGUUACUUUUCAGCUCCAUCGUACAUGAAGGGGUUUUUGCUGACGGUAUAAUUCGGUGCCUCUUAUACGACGACUUUCUGUGACCCCAUAUACCACAUGCUUGUUUGUAACGCAUAUAUAUGGGCUUUUUUGUGCGCAUAUAUAUGCGCGUUUGUAAGAAAAUGGUCAUAUACUUGGGAAUAAAACGCAAGUAUACGUGACAAAAAAACGCACGUAUAUCGUGUAGCAGGAAUGAUUGCAAGUAUACAUGGGAAAAAACCGCACGUAUAUCGUGUCAUAAUUUUGAAACAAAUGGCCGACCAUAUGGAUCGAAAUCAACCAAUUACAGCCUACAGACGUGACCUUUUGAACCUGCAGCAGAAAGCCUGUGUUUCCUGAGAGGUCCGUUACAGUGAAUGAUGCAGGCAAAAAAACAUAGAUGUUAUUUAAAUUUUUGACUAGAGGUUGUGAUGUCAGUUGCACAGAACGGCAAUGGUUGCGAAGAAAUUGCUGGUAGAUGACAAAAUAACAGCUUGUGCCAAAAACAAAUAUGUCUCCUGGGUGUAAUAUGUUAAGAUUCGAACGGAAAAACAUUGUCUGGUGAAAUAUUUUGCUUUCUUGAAAAACGUUUGCUAUCAAUAUUAUAAUUUUGUGCUUUGAGUAACUUAUUGUUUUCUUACGAGCUGCUGACUGGCUCACAACCAACUUUCUUGGAGUGUAUUGUUCCUUCCCUUUAAUCUGAUUGGUCAACUUUGUCUAUGUGGCCCUGGUUACACAGCGUUCCAGAGGAUUUACGGUAUGUGUUCUGCAACAUUCAGAUUUUUAUUUGGCAAGAAAGACAAGCUAUGUUUAAACCAAAUUAGCAUUUAUAAUUUUGAUUGAACUAAAACAAAGAUAACUAGAGUGUUAUGGAAUGCAUUCAAAUUGCCAUGCUUUACACCGUCAAGAGAUAUUUUUCAACUAUUUUCCACAGCUAUAGAUAAUAAUUACAUCUAACAAAACAUUUGAGGAACAAUAACCUACACUUUAUUCAAGUUUUAAUGUGUUUGAAAGUACUGCAACAUAACUGGGCUACAACCUAUACUUCCAUUUUCUGAAUGUUGUUUGUACUAUGUGCUACAAUGUACAUAACUGACUUUCGGGAAAAAAAGUUCCCUGGUAUAAAAGUACUGUUUAUAAAUAACACAUUUUCUGGUCUUCUCCUUUGGUAUCACUUGCCCUUGUUGAUUCCAGAUUUUUCUUUCAUUUUCUCCAAUUCCUGUCUCUUCUUUUCCUUGUCCAAUUUUUGGAAAGCCUGAAUAAAAAAGAAAUAAAUAAUAAACAUUUGAUUUGACUAAAGGAAAGUAGAACCUUGAUAUGAAGAAAAGCCGAGGGAAUUGCAAAAUAGUUUAAGUUUGAUCAGCCAGAAAAUAAUAUUAUUUUGGUUCUAUUGUCUUUUUGUUUCCCUUGAAAGAGGCCAGGAGUCAUGCUGUCUAAGUGACAGCCCUGCCUUGAACAAAUAAUAUUGUUAGUCUACUUUAUCCUUGGUAGAUUGGUAGUAGAGAACGACAAGAUAGCGAUUGCAGACGUUGAAGCCUGACAGAUGAUCACAAGCAUUUUUGGCAUCAAAGAUAUCUUCAUACACUACAAAUGCUGUGCCUCUUGUUUCUGGUGCAUUACCACUGCAAUUUAAGAGCAACAAAUCAAGUUGUGGCUUUACCUCAAAAUUAGCAGACAAAAUGGUCUCACUGACAGGGCAGCAAGAAAGUGAAUAUGAGUGCCAAUAAAGAGGAUUCCCGGCAUUGCCUUGAGUUUAACCUUUUCCUAACUUACAACUUAGCCAUAUUGCAACAGUAACUGUAAGUGUUGUAAUAUGAACUCGAACUAUCUUUCGAUAAUUUGAUUGCACUGACAGCUGUAAAUGGCUGUGAACGCCAAACAUUCUUGAACUCCAUAAUUCCUAUCACUAAAAAAAUAAAUAGCUUUUAUUGUAGACCAUUGCUUUCAUCACAACUGUGUUAAAUACUUCCUUACUUCUCUAAAAAAUGUCAUUAAAACAGCCGUUAAGGUCUUCAAAGUGCCUAACUCAUAACAUGUCCUGUGAGUUCUGUAUUGAUUGUGAAUCAGUAGUUGAAAAGUAAAAAUCAUGUGUAUUGCAUAUGCCAGAGUUAUUCAAAUUUUCUUCAUCGAUCCAACCAAAGGACAUAAAAAUAAAAGUGAGGUAAGAAAAAGAAGAAGAAAAAGAAAAGUAAAAAUAAGCAAUUGAUGUUUAUACAAAUGCUCUUCAUUAGAAACACAACAGUGUAUGAAAAAAAAAAAAUUAGGGAACAGCAUGUUUAUACAAACACUUAAAGCAAAAUUUGUUGUAUCGUGCUGCGCGUAUCGCAAAGUUCGACGGGAUUUUGGGUUUUUCUCUUCUGUCAAUCAUUUGAGUGAAGGCAGGGUUAAUGCAAAUCAGACAGUAACAUGCUUGCCCAGCUUGGCUGAGAAUGACUCUAGACUGCUCAGGAAUAGCAAAGGAAAUCCCAAUGGUGAGUGGAUUUUUUUGUCGAAGGAAGGAAGGAGGCAGAUGUUGCUUUAUUCUUACAAGUGACAAGAAUAAGAAAGAUCAGUAAAACCUACGAAGCAAACUUAACUAGUCGACUAUUGCCUGAAACAGGACGAUCACAAAGCAACGAACCUUGAAACAUGAAACAAACAAAACAGACCGAAAUCCACCAAUCACAAAUAAUAAAAACCAGGACCUUUUGAACUCAUGCAAGUAAACAUGUGUUUCCUAAGAGGUCCACUAAGAUGAUUGAUGGAACAGAAAAACCCAAUCCUUCGAAUUUUGCAAAAUGCACAGCGCGAUGCAAUGAAUUUCGCUGUAAAAGGAAUCAGCGUGUUCAUCAGACAUCAGAGAUUGGAGAAUUCUCCAUUUACUAUGCAGAAUUCUCCGACUAACUUUCGGUAGCUUAUGAAUAUUUUUUAUUCACACGUUGAGCCUCAUUCAACAUAUUCUCCGGUAAUGUUACACCUUUCUAGCUCUUUCUCCUGCCACUAGGAUUCUUAAUAAAAGUUCUGAUCAUGAGGAAUAAAUAUUUAAGGAUCAACUUAAAGUGGCUACAUGUAUAAUGUCACGAGAACAUUACCGCGAGGAUCUUUACAGAAGGAACCAAUGGAGAAGAGCGCAAUUUCUGGCUGAUUGUUUUAGGAAAAGAUGGAUACGAGAGUACAUCCCAACUCUGCAACAACGCCAGAAGUGGAUACGCGAGAAAGACAACUUAAAGAUCGGAGAUGUAGUUCUUGUUGUGGAUAACAACUCCCCGCGAGGAUGUUGGCUCUUUGACCGUGUUAUCAAGACUUUUCCAGGACGAGACGGUAAAGUCCGUGUGGCAGAAAUUAAGACGAAGAACUCUACUCUAACUAGACCAAUUUCUAAGCUAUGUUUGUUGGAGGAAGCUGUCUAAAACUGUGUUUAUCGAAACUUGAGAGUUUUAGAGACUGAUUCAAAUGACCAGGUUCUAAUUGGCGGACUCUUAGUUUUAAAUUUUCCUCGUAUUUAUUUUGCUGAAUCAGUUAAAUUCAGUCAAACCCCCCAGGAUGUUGGGGCAAAUUUUUUCCUUUUGUUUUUCGUUUUCUCACUUACUUGAUAUCGUGUAUUCUUUUUCUUUUCGCUCUCCGGUAUAUUGUUAAUUACGCUCCUUUGUUACGUGCUGUAUGGAAAUUUCGUUAUAGUUUGUUAUCUCGCCCUUAUUUUUUACCAGUUUAUGCGUCUAUUAGUGCAACAGCAUUAGUGGAAGUAGAUUUGUCAUCCUCAGCAUUUGGUAAGCAGCUUCGUUUUCAUCGUUUUUCAUUAAUCUCACUUUGCAGUCGCCUUAAAGUAGUUUUUCUGUAUUGUAGCUAUUAUUUUUUCGCUCUUUGUAGGAAUUUACUUUUAUGGGUCGUUAAUAGUAAAAACAUUUGCUGAUCGUGAACGUGUUGUGUUUUUGGAAUUGGCCCUUGCCCGUUCACCUUCCUUUUCCCACCCCGACACAAGAGCGUCGGGAGAGCUUGCUCGCAGGCUAGUAAACGAUCGACUAGUAUUAUAUUUAACAAUUAUUCCACGAGGGCGCGUUGGAUAUGAGAUGAUAGAUAGCCAACGAGGAGCGUAGCGCCGAGUUGGCUAUAAUCAUCUCAUAUCUAACAAGCGCGAGUGGAAUAAUUGUUUUAUUAAAAACGCCCACAAAAUACUAGAACAAACCGGAAAAGACAAGGGACUUCCGCUAUUCACAUGUCAUACGUCUAUCAAAACUGUCAACGCGCGAACGGACUCGCCUGGACUGUAUGAAUGAAAAAUCAAAACAUUGUAGGGAUGAACAUUAGUUUUUUAAAAACUCAUCGAGAUUCUAGGAUUUUACACAGGAGAACAGCUAAAAAAACAUGGCAGAUAAUGUGAAGGAAAAGAAUUUUUAAGUGACAGCCGUCGAAAUUACUGUGAAUUUGGAUUUUCGGUGCAGUUAUAAAAGUAAGAACAACGGAGAAAAACUAUUACCUCGGUCGCUUGUUAUGAAGUUGUUUGAAGCCACAAGCUGGUUUUGCUGAACGAGAAAAGAAGCUAUACUGCCGCCUCGAUUGCUCUAGUGAAUGGCUGCAUAGCCUGUAUUUGUAGCUGGUUACUUGUGAUUUAUAUUCUUGAUGUCGGAUAAACGAGCCGCACUUAUCUAUCGGCGAGUGACUCGAUCGGCGAAUGGCUUCGCGAUCAUGAAGAAACAACACUUGUCUUCUUUCGUAGCUGGUCAAGGUACUUUUUGUUCCAUGCAUUUUCAUGUGUUUUUCGAUAAACUUUCAAACAAGCUCUUGUGGCUUUUUUGUUUGUUUUUGUCUUUUUUCUUUCGACGAAAUUGCAUUUCUAGUAUUCUAAGAAAUGAAUUAAAACGAUUUGCUUCAGGCGCCGCUCUAUCCUUCGCGAAACAAAAAUCUCAGCUAGCUUCCAACUUUAAACUGACGCGUACACCGACCAUAUAUGGAGAGCAUGGUAUAUUAGCUCAUAUACCAUAACGGCUAAGCCAAUCAAAAUGCUAGAAUUGCAUUAUCCAAUGAUUCAGUUUUUAAUAAUAGCUUAUAGCGGAGCUCCCGCGCGCGCGAAGCGCGCGCGUAGCGGAGCACCAUGGGUAAGAAAAUUUGGUAAACUAUCCAUCCCAGAAAAUUUGGUUAUGACGUAGCGUACGUCCGUCCGUACGGACUUUCCGGGUAGUGGAAAGUAGUCCGCAUGGACUCUUGGGGUAGGGGAAAGUACAGAUUUUUUUGGGCGGGAAAUCGCAUGGCGCAACGUCGCGCAAUUAUAUCGCGCAACUGGUUUUGAAAAAAAGAAAGCAAGUAGAAAGAGUCAGAGCGAGAAGAAGGAGAGAAAAUUAUAGUGAAAAACGCCGGCAAGUAUACUUGCCGGCGUUUUUCACUAUAAUUUUCUACGUAGAACGAGACAGAGCCGAAUGAACAGACAAAGGCAACGCGAAAGAGAAAUACAAAGGCAAAGAGAACGGCAGCAAAAUAAUGACAUGAUGACAGAAAGUGUUGUGUUAAUGUCACUAUGGCCCCGCGCUAUUAACAUUUUGAUUUCAAACUGAUCUCGGACUCGAAAAUUCAGCCAGUAAUUUAAAGAUACAAGCAGGGAAGACAGAGGCUUUUCACUUUUCUCACCAUAGUCACGCGUUGAUCACGCUCUACGACCGUCCAAUUUUUUAUGCUCUGAUUGGUCAAAAUUUGACAGGUGAGUUCAUGCAGAAACUGAUUUAUACAGCAUCUUGAACCUUGUUUACUUUCAGUUUGACAGCUGAAGCUGACAGAGUAUUUUGUCAACUUGUGAUGUCUUUUACUGUAUUUUUCCACUGGAUGCUUAAACUGACAUACAGCUGCUAUCAACAGUCUUCUUUGAUUCAUGGCUGGUUUGUUUAUUGAAUUUUUGGUCGGGAAAUGCGCCGGUUGCCAAAGUUGGAAAUCCGAUUUCGGAUGCAUCGCUUUCGUUUUUACCUUGCUGGAUGCGGGUCGAAAAGUCCCUCAAGCUAUUCUGGCCUUACUUUAUAGCUUUCAAGAGCUGCAUCUCGAAUGGCAAGCCUAAGUAAUUAUUGUAUACAGUGUAUGUUUGUUUUUUUAUAUCUAAUUUCAUGAAGUCGAGCGCAGUUUAUCAGGCUAAUUUAUGCACGUUUGUGUUAAGAUCUGAGACAAUGAUCUAAUCUAGUAUAUAUAAGCUUACAGAACUUUAAAAAGCCUUUAGUCGAUAUUUUCUCUCCGCAUAUAGAACGAAAAAACUUUCCGAAGAGUAUUAGUUAUAAUUUUGGCUGUAGAAAGAAAGCUUUGAGCGGUUUUCUUGAGUUCAUCUUUGAAAACAGUAAACAACAGGAAGCCGGCUAAAAGCUUUAAGCUUAAGCUUAAAGACUCAGUUUUUAGAGACGCUUUAAUACUUGUCUUCGUGAAUGAAAAUUGUUGUCUCUGUAAAUGUUUCACCGAAUUACAUUUCUUUUAUUGAUUGUUAGUAGUCUCUUACAAUUUUAAUCGCUUUGCAGUUUGUUUUCAGUCGUUCAUAAACAACGCUUGCAGGAGUACUCAAAAUGCUGCUCGUAUCAAACGCUUUUUAAGAUUGCACAUCGUUAUAAAACCAUUUAAUAAAAAAAAUAAACACAAUAAAUUCUUUAUUACGUUGAAGCGUAACUCGUUUAAUGUUCACUGAAAAUUUGGCGCUUGUCAAAAGUGAGAACCGGCUGGCCGUAUAAAUGAUUUUGGAAAUUAUUUGAACGGUUUUGCUAAAAGCCCACGAGUGCUUCGUACGGUUCUGAAUAUUGAAUGAGUGCAAUUUGUCUUGAAAAAUUGUGAAAUACUGCAUUUUGUCUGAGGUCUAUAUGAUAAAAACAACGCCUCAUAUCACUGUCUCAGAUGUGAUGUGUAAAAAGUAUGAAAUGUUGGUUUACACGCUCCCAGAGUUGUUGGCAAGUUUUUGUUAAGUAAACUUGUCGAAAGCAAAAAAUUCGGCCUGAUUUGUUCUCCAAACAUUCGUUUUCCAGGCCUAAUCUACUGUGAUCAAGAGCCAUUAUGGCUCUAAAAUGUGAUCGAAGAUGUUUGCUAUUUUUUGGGUGUAUAUAUACGGCUAUCAAUUCGAUGUAAGAUUUUUUUUUUCACUCUAAAAUCACUUAGCCUUAGCUUUCCCUUAAAGUUAACCGAUUUGUGGAUUACAAGUUUAUUGUUUGAUUUAAAUUCUAAAUUUAUUAAUGGGAGCUUCGCUUUUAGCCCUGGCUAAAUCUAUAUAUUAUUAUAUAUUUUCAUGUGUCUAGUUUUAGAUGGGAAGGCGAAUUUUCCUACGGCGUAAACUAAGCGGGAACACCCAACGACUCUUUUCCGGUACAAUAUCUGUUCGGAGAAGCAAAUAUUGCCUACAAUUUUCUAUAACCGGACGACGGCUAAAAAUUUCCACAUGACCGUUCCGUUCAUGUACCAUUUUCGAAGCAUAUCGUAUAAAUUCCUUACGAUUUUCUCAAGCUUUAUUUUAACAUUUGUCUUCCCAAGUAAGGCCAUUUUUUCAAUACAGAAAAGGGAACCUAAAAUUUUCCGAUUCAAAAAUGGGAUGGCGUUAAAAAUUAAGCUGGAAUGUCUAAUUUUCGUUGUAUCUCAAAUUUCACCCAAAUUUUUGGGACAAAAAAUUCUCAAGCCCUUGUCAUUUCCAAAGGACGAAAGUUCCACUAGGAUGACCGAACACGUACAUACAAAUUUUAUAGCGCCGAAAAGAGUGCAUUUCUAGAUAUCUUAAAAUACUCUGGAUAGCCUAAAAAGUUUUUCCAAUGUAUUUAGGAGAAAACCGUCGUUGGGUGUCCCUGACUAAACCUAAGUCACUUUUAACAAUAUGUAGCACUCCAGAGGAUGCUGGCUGUCAAGUUGGUGGGCUCAUUCAUUUAGUAGCUAUUGCACUGAUGAACGCGCACAUUGCAGGGCACAUUGCUUACGAUUCCUAUCAGAAAUCUUCUAAAUCUGGCAAGUCUGAUAUCGUCUAAUGUUAAAUCUUCAAAAUAACUUUGAGUGAAUAAAUAAUAAAUACAUGAAUAAAUAAUUAAAUAAUGAUUUAGAGGUAUAUAGCACAUCCACUGAGUGGUUCUUCGUCUACCUGAUUCCUGGUCGAAUUGGAAUUUGGAAUAAACUAAUUAGAAUAGACUUCAUAUAUCGUCAACAUGUAUUUCGCUUUGAUGUCACACUGAGUUAAUUGAAGACGCACUUAAUGCCAAAAUUCAGGUAUUAUAUUACCAACCUGCUGUUAGUAUAUCAUACAUUCCUGUUGUCACGGAAGCAAUGUCAUUUUCUUUGGUUCUUCUUGACUGGUCAACACAAGAAACUUUUUCUCGAAUUAAUCUGUGGGAAAAAAUCCUAGGUAAGUAGCUCUGGGCUUUUUAUUGCUGCUAAUCGUAAAUAUUAGAUCUAGUAAUUUAAACAAGAUCUAACUUUGUUUAAUCCCAGCGCAAAAGGACUGCAAAAAGUGAUGCUACUGCUUAAUAUAUUUUAUCUAUAACAACUCGCGCGCUCGGCGUCUCUCCAUCAGGAAAGUCUACAGUGUCCGACUCCCAGCAGAGCUAGUCUCCUGUCACUUCCACGGGUUUAUAUACAUGAAAGGACAAUAGUUUCGGCAAAUCCUAUUAAA